UUUGAAUCAAUUUUCAUUUUAAUUAGAUAAUGGUUGAUUAUGGAGUUGAAAAGAUGGAGGAGCCUUGUUUGGAUUACCAUCAAUCAGCAGCCUCUAAUUCUUGUUCUGUUUCUGAGGGAAGUGGUAGCUUUACCACUAAAUAUCCUGCUGGAAUUUGCACCAGCCCUAUUGAUACAUCUCCGUCAAAUAGAAGGACUACUGGUCCAAUUAGACGAGCCAAGGGUGGGUGGACUCCUGAUGAGGAUGAGACAUUGAGAAGAGCGGUUGGAGUUUUCAAGGGAAGAAGUUGGAAGAAAAUAGCUGAAUUCUUCACCGAUAGAUCAGAAGUGCAAUGCCUGCAUAGAUGGCAGAAAGUUCUCAAUCCAGAACUUGUUAAAGGACCUUGGACACAAGAGGAAGAUGACAAGAUCAUUCAACUCGUUAUGAAAUAUGGGCCUGCAAAAUGGUCUGUCAUAGCAAGUGCAUUACCAGGGCGUAUUGGAAAACAAUGCCGCGAGAGGUGGCACAAUCAUCUGAAUCCAGACAUUAAAAAGGAUGCAUGGACACAGGAGGAAGAACUACAACUCAUGAAAGCCCAUCUAACUUAUGGAAACAAAUGGGCUGACAUAGCUAAAGUCCUUCCUGGAAGGACUGACAAUGGAAUAAAGAAUCAUUGGAACAGUUCGUUAAAGAAGAAACUAGAUUUCUUUGUUGAAACAGGUGAACUUCCACCAGUUGCUAAAAUUAGUGUCCAAACCAUGCCAAAAGUAAUAAACAGAACAAACUCAACUAGAAAACUAGAUGCAAUUGCCCAAACAUCAUUAAGAACAACUACACAGCUGUUUAAGUCAACAAUCCUUGAACCUGAUUCCCCAAUAAACAAAUAUCCCAAUAAACUGCUGUCAACCCCAUUCUACAGUCCAUUGUGUUAUGAGCCACCGAACCCAAUAUAUCCCAAUUCUCAAAAUUUAUCAGUCAUGGACUCUUCUAUUAGCUACUGCACUCCCCUCCAAACUGGCAAUCUAAAAAACCUUAGUCCCGAGACAUACUUGAAAAUAGCAGCAAGAAGCUUUCCAACGCCAUCUAUAAUAAGGAAGAGAAAGUCAGAAUCUAAAGCACGAGUUGAUACCGGUUUUUGUAAAGAAGACAUGUUUACUGCAUCUCCUCGACAUCGGGUGAAGUCCAACAGAACUGCUGCAUUAAUUUCUAUAGGAAAGAGACUCGACGUUGAAUUUAACAAAUUAUGAUCUGUUUCAAAGGAUUUAGAUGUUGAAAGUCCUGUAUAAAAAUACAACAAUGUUUAUUUAGUUUUUUUGGGAGGGGGAGGGGGUGAUUUUAUUUUGUUCUAAUUCUUUUAUCUUAUUAUCCCAUAUUAGAUUUAUUCAUUCUUUUUUUCUAAUGCUUUAUUAG